CCACAACACAUUCAUUCACAUAAGGAGAGAGAGGCUUCCACAGCAAGUUAGUGUGAGAAGGUUAGCGCCGGAGGAACAUCACAUCUCGUCCCUGUCGUGACUUUUUUUCCCCCUUUUUAGAAGUACGGCACAAGAUGGAGAGCUACGUGGUGUUUGUUGUUGUUAUUGCUUUGGGUCAAAUUGGGAGCAACCCUGCUAGUGCUGGGAUGUGCUGGCUUCAGCAAAGCCAGCGAUGCGACAUGGUGCUGAUGAGAGGGGUCACUAGAGAGGAGUGCUGUGCGGGGGGCCGGUUGGACACGGCGUGGUCCAACGCCAGCCUGCCCAUGAAUGAGGUCAGCCUGUUGGGCUUCCUGGGCAUCGUUUCCUGUAAACCCUGCAAAGAGACAUGCGAAGACGUGAAGUGCGGCGUGGGGAAAGUGUGCAAGAUGAAAAUGGGAAGGCCGCAGUGCGUUUGCGCUCCAGAUUGCUCCCACAUCGGACGCAGGCACGCCGUUUGCGGCAGCGACGGGAGGUCGUACAAGGAUGAGUGCGUCCUCCUCCUGGCCCGCUGCAUGGGACACCCCGACCUGGAGCUCAUGUACCAGGGAGAGUGCAAAAAGUCGUGCUCUAACGUGGUGUGUCCGGGGACGCACACCUGCGUGACGGACCAGACCGACAGCGCCCACUGCGUCAUGUGCCGAUCCACGCCCUGCCCCAAACCGCUGCUUUCCGAGCAGCCCAUCUGCGGCAACGACAACAUUACGUACCCCAGCGCCUGCCACCUGCGCCGUGCCACCUGCUUCCUGGGCCGCUCCAUAGGAGUCCGCCACUACGGCCACUGCAACACAGGUCCUCCAAGGAAAGCGCACGUGUUCGAUGGCAGCGAGGAAAACGCAGUCUAGACGUCGAUAAGCGAUGACCUCUGUUGUGUUUGCGACAAUCAUUCCUCAGUUUUGUAGACGAUCGAUUUGGUAUGGAAGCAGUGGCAUGGAGGUGCCAGGGGAAUGCCAGGGGUGCAUAAAUUUCCCCCCAAAUUGUGAUCACUUAGUGGUUUGGAAUCCUUGUCCAUCUUCAAAUUUUGCAGAAAUUAACUAGAAUCAUGCACCAUGUCACAAUCAAACACAUUUUUGCAAAUUGUUGGCUCACUUCCGCACUUCUGCAUUGUCCACAAUGGACAAUUGAAGUUUUGCUGUAUCAGAUCUGGGGAAAAAAAGUGCCAUUUAAAAUCCCCUUAAAAAUAUGCUCGUUGUGGUCACACCAAAAUUUGGACAUAGGGUACUCCUUUUUGGAUGCAAAACUUUGAAGGUGUGCAUAUUUAAAAAAAAAUCAAUUGCAAUGCCACUCUUGCCCACAUUGUGGCCCAAAAAGCUACAAAAGGUUAAAAACUGACCUCGUGCACCCAGUGAGCCAAAUUAUAACCCACGCUACGCCACCCUAUGUAGAAAAACACAUGACAGUAAGUUUGGGGCAGAUGAACACAUCAAGAGAGACAGAACUCAGCGGGAGACGUGUUCAUAUUGUAAAUAGAGUCCCGCGACUAUUUAUUGGAGAAGGUAUCAAUCACUAUUUAUGAAUUUAUCCUAAUAACAAAGACAUGUAUCCUUGGGAAAGAUGAAGCAAAAGUGUAUUUAUUGUGCUUUGUUUUUAUUCUUACGACCGCAUUUUUUUACGGCUCGCUUUUAUGACAAACACAGUUUGUUUUUCCUCAUUAAGUUGAUGGUAUAAAAUCCACUGGGCGGGGAGCUGAGACUGAGUUUAUAGCUUUGGCAAUUUCAAAGCUGCACUCUGAUAAAGUUGUUUGUGUGUGUUUUUUAGUAAAGCAUUUCAUGUUUACACCAAC